AUGACAAUUGCUCAAAAGACUUUCCCAACAUUCAAGCAGCUCUACCGCAAGAUUUCACAGGAGCUCCUAACUUAUGAAAACAAAAAUCUUGCACUCCACUCGAAGCAAGAAACGAAAAAACUCCACGCAUUAUAUACAUACAAGAAGCAUCUUCUUCAGAAACAGAACCAACUGACAAACGAAAUGGAUGCUAAACUAAAAGAGCUUGCGGCAAACCCAGAGGGCAAGAAAAACACAGAAUUAAAGGAUUUGAAAUUGUUAAACAAUAUAGUCGACGACAAACCAGGUAUCAACCUGAGUUACGAAUUGAACAAUUUACAGAAUGUCGCCACGUAUUUGCAAAACCAAAGGGAAUACUUUGAUUUGCUUGUUAGGUACAACCCUGGUUUGAUGAUGGAUCAACAGGAAAAUGUCAACCGUACUGCAAACAGAGUAGGGUUGGAAGUGCCCGAGUAA